AUGUCCCAGAGCCCAGCACCAGAGAGCAACGGCGACUCAAGAGAUCCCAGUGGCUUCUUGAGUGAGAUUAUCGGCGCUCCCGUCACCGUCAAGUUGAACUCUGGCAUUGUGUACAAGGGUGAUCUUCAAUCUGUCGAUGGCUACAUGAACAUUGCUCUCGAGCGGUGCAAGGAGGUUUCGGAAGGCCGUGUCACCCGCAACUGGGGUGAUGCGUUUGUACGAGGCAACAACGUCACAUACAUCUGCGCGGACAACGCAUGA